AUGUACUCAUAUAAUCAAUGUAUAAGUAAUGGAUAAAAGAAUUUAAAUGGAUAAUCUUGUUUUUGGGAUAAUGAUAAAAAUACUUGUUUAGAAAAGAUAUGCUAAAAUGGUCCCUCGAUGGCAAAAUCUCAUUCAGAUUGUUUUGGGUUCCUCUCAACAUGUUAAAAAGGUGGUUGUCACAUUAAGAAUUGUUUUGAUUAUAAUUAUGCUAUAGAUUCAGCAUGUGCAUCAAUAUUUAAAGCUAAAAGAUGUGUAACUAAUGCUUAUCAAUGUGUUUUAAGAUAAGGUUGUGAAGAUGUUAAUAUGAUAGAUAGUUGUACAUUUGAUAAAAAUUUAAAUCCUUGUGUUUUGGUAAAUGAUAAAUGUUUCACAAAAACCUGCUAGACUGCAUUAAAUUCACUCAUUAAAUAUAAAGAAUGAGUUAAUGACUUACCACAUUGUACAGUGAAAUAGGAAGGAGGAUGUACUAAUAAGAAAUCAUGUUAAGAUUACUUAUUUAAAGAGGCUUGUAAUACAAAUGAUUAAAAUGAAGAAUGUAUAUGGGAUGAUUAUCUAAAUAGAUGUUUUUAUAUUGCAUGUCUUGAUUAAUGUGGUAAUGUUAUUGUUACUUCAACAAAUGAAUAAUGUGACGAUGGUAAUUAUUUACCUUAUGAUGGUUGUUACAAAUGUUAGGUUUAAUCUCAAUUAGGAUGUAAUAAUUGUAAUGGUCGAUCUUGUUUAGAAUGUGAAAAGACAGGAUGGAUUUAGUAAAUGGUGUAUGCUAUUCAACUUGUGGUGAUGGUCAUAGAGUAGGAAUAGAAUAAUGUGAUGACAGAAAUACUAAAGAAUAUAAUGGGUGUUAUCAAUGUUCAUAAACAGUGUGUCGAUUGCUAUUAAGGAUAAUGCAUUUAAUUUAAAAAAGGAUAUUUAGAAAAGGAAUCUUAAUUUCUUUAUAUAUGA